UAAUUUAGACCAAUGUCAAGAAGCAGAUACGACUUAAGGACCAGCAUCCCUUUUUCAGGAAAAAAAAGAAGCAAACAACUAAGAGACAAAAUUGCCCAAAAGAUUUUUCUCCACAAGCAAAGCCAAGAUCAUCACUUAAUCUGCUUAAACAAUUAGAAGCAACGACUUUCUUAUACACUAUUGUUCCUUUGCAGCACUAAAAUCCUUUCUAUUGCCAUAAGGGCUCCUCCAUGAGAACACCUACAUUUUUGCAGGCUUGCAGCAAUACAAGAGCACAAAGUUAGCUAUUAGCCCAUGAACUCAAAAAUAGUUUCGCAAAUUUAAUGACUUUCUUCGUCGACGUGAUUGAGAUAGUUUUGCUUGCUCUACAUUUGAGGAAGACAUAUCUUGAAGAUUGGAGACAUUUUAAUCCUUCACACAGCGAUUAAAUCACUGUGACUUGUAGCUGUGAUUACAAUUGUGUGAUCAAUCAAUACCCUUUUCUCCUCUAUCUGGAUUUCAAAUCUGGCGCUAGCAAUCUCCAAGAAGGUGUCUGCAAUGGAGGAACAAUUGAGGUUACAGGAAGAAAAAUGGGUGGAACAGCAAGCUCAAAACAAGUUGCUGCAAGAUAAAUUGAGAGAUGUGAUGUUCUCUAUCCAAGAGAUGAAUGGGAGAUUGAAAGCAACUGACUCUUCUUCUUCAUCUUCCUCUUCCGUACAUGAUGGACCACAAGGGGAAGGAUUCAAUCCAACCAGAAUCCGAGGGUGUACCUAGGUGUGCCUAUGAGUUCAAAAAAGUUGAAAGCAGCAGAUUGUGAGGCUUUGAUUGACAAGAUGUGUGCAAAGAUCAGGGUAUGGUGUAGCAGGCACUUAUCUUGUGCAUGCAGACUUCAGCAAGCUAACUCUGUGAUGAUGAGUAUUAGUGAAUAUUGGUGCCAAAUAUUGAAGCAUUUCCUUUGGCAUGGAACUCAUGAGAGUCAUAAACCUGGUUCUGUGGCCUGGGAGGUUGAUUGCACAUCAAAAUCAGGAGGUGGUCUGGGGGUAAGGAUUCUCUCCCUUAUGGAAUGCGACAGCUGUAGGAAAUCAUGAAUGGGAAAUUGAGCAAAAAGCUGAAAACCUCUGGGUUAAAUGGGUGAAUUCGAUGUACAAUAAAAAGACUUCAUAAGUUUCAAAUAUCUAACUCUAAUUGAUCCGGUUGAGGCAUUGCCUAGUGUCUUAGUAAGUGAAAGGGAGGAAUCUCACUACCAUGGACAUCCCAGCUCAGGCUUCAUGGGUAGUGAGAAAGAUCAUUGGUGCUAGAGACCAUCUGACUAGUCUUUCUGAUAGCAGAGCUAUUCUUCAUGCUGAUUCUUUUUCUAUUAGAAAGAUUGACCAGAGUUACUUUUAGGGAUAUGUUCUCCCUCAAAAUGCAAGCUGGAUUUGGAAAAGUAUUUGCAAAACCAAAGACAGUUUGUAUGCAAGAGGUAACAAUAGGUUUACAAGCCUGACCUACAAUAGUAAAACAGCUGAUGGUGAUCUAUGUGGCCAAAAAGUUCAGUAGAGCAAGGGUGUAUGGUACGCAUUCUCUGUUAGUCUGUUCCUAAACACCGAUUCUGUUAAUGGCUGGCCAUGAGAUUCAGAUUGCAAACCAGGGAUAGACUUCUGAAAAUGGGAAUUACUGACAGUAGCUCAUGUUGCAUAUGUGGUACAAAUCAGGAGAGGCAUCAACGUCUAUUCUUUAGGUACAGAUACAGCCAGGAAUGCAUCUUUCAAGUCAAACAAUGGCUUCGCAUCUCAGGACCUGGUUCAGAACUUCAGAUGAUGGGGUGGAUACAUAUAAGUUACAAGGGUGGUGCCUUUAAGAAGAAAGUGAUCUAUGCUGCAAUAGCAGCAACUGCGUAUAGCAUGUGGAGGAUAAGAAAUGAAGCUUUUUGGAACAUGAGGAUUCAAGGAUUAGCAAAACUGUACAGGAAAUACAAGGACUGGUGAAGAAUAGAGUCGUACAGAUCAUUGGAAAAAAUGCGAAGUCAUCAAUUUUAACCUGGUUUUCUUCUUGUAAAGUUGUAACUAGGCUAUUUCUUGUUUUUUUUAUGCAAAGUUGGGCGUUUUUGGAGGUUGCUUAACUCUGCUUGUCCUUUGCAAACUCUUAGGGGAAGGGGUCCUUCCUAGAAGGUUUGUCUCCCCUAGGAUGUUUGUUGGUUAUAAGUUGGUUAGAAGUGCAUGUUAAUAAAAAAAAAUUGCUUGCUUCUCUUAAAACAAAACAAAAAAAACUUGAAAGAACCUUCUUUACCCACAUUAAAUUACUUCCAUGUGAAGUGAAUCAAAACAUUUUAAGAAGAGAAAAACCACAGAGCACAAUCUGCCACAAGGUCACGUAUAAAUCCUUCACCAGCCAAACUUCUAAACCGAAAGAGGUUCUAAGAUUCAUAACAAUAUUGCUGAAUAUACACAAGCAAUUGAACUCCAAAUAUGCACUGAAAGACAAACCCAAGCACAAUGAGCAAUCGUAAAAUAAAAAAGAAUCAGUUAGAUGGUAAUGCACUCUUUAGCUGGAUGCUGGAACAUGUGUUAGACUACUCAUUAGCUUGUAGUAUCAUACUAGUUAGCUCGUAGUUUCAGCAGCAUUACUACAACAAAUAGUUGCUGUGUCAGCAUGCCUAUGUGGCAGUAGUUAUAAGUUUAUAACUAACUCCCUUAAUGCAAGGAGCUUGCUCUAACAACCUUAUGAAGGUUCUAGAUUAUUUGCUACAAUAUAUAUUGCAAACUGCUGUAAUCAUCAUCAAUACAAUAAAUUCUUUCCCCUAAAUUCUGGAUUCUAUCAUGGUAUCAGAGCAGGUUUCAUAAACCUGAUUCGUUUUUCUGAAAAUUCCGCAAACUUUCUACACAAAUUCAUUCCAAAAUUCUGCUAAAGUAGUGUGUUCUUGUUUUGUUUUCGAUUGUCACUUGGUUGUUUGUUCUGAAAACUGUUCAAAUAUCUGAGUGUUUGAAGCUGCAUUUAACUGAGUUUCUUGAUUUGAAAUCGUAUUAAUGGCGAUUAAUGAUGAGAAUGGUGAAGAUCCAAGGAGGAAUGUAGUGAUGCCUCCAAACCAAGACCCUGCUAGCAUCUACUACAUUCAUCCUUCUGAUGCUAAUUCUGUUCAGCUGGUUUCUUUCAAAUUUGAUGGUGAAGGCUUUACUGGUUGGAAGAGAUCUAUGAUGCUUGCAUUAUCUGCUAAAAAUAAGAUAGGUUUUGUUGAUGGAAGCAUUAGCAAGCCAGAAUUUGGUACCAUUGAGUGUAAAGCCUGGGAGAGAUGCAACGAUUUGGUUUGCUCCUUGAUUUUAGGAGAUUUGAGUGAAAUAAUUGCUAAAAGUGUGAUGUUCUUGAAGUCUGCCAGAGAGGUUUGGUUAGACCUUGAGGAGAGGUUUGGAUUUGCAUCCAUGGCUCAGGUCUACUCUUUAGAACAGAAGCUGCCUGAGUUGACUCAAGGAGAGAAAACUGUUUCUGAAUUCUUUACUGAAAUCAAAACAAUUUGGGAUGCUAUUGAGGAAGCACAUCCGAUGCCUUACUGUACUUGCAACAGUUGUACUUGCAAUGUAACCAAGAAGUUCUUUCAGAGGCAACAGGAGAAGAUGGUUAUGCAAUUUAUGAUGAAGCUGACUGAUCAGUUUGCCACAUUAGAGGAAAUGUAUUAAUGGUGCCAGUUUUGCCAAAAGUUUCUGAAGCUUAUGGACUCUUUGCUCAAGAGGAAAGACAUCAAGAAGUUUCUAAAGCUACUUAUCCUACAGAACCAGUUGCUUUUGUAGCUGAGAAGAGGAGAUUUGGUGGACAUCACUGGAACAACAGGAACUACAAAGUACAAGACACUGGCUCUACUUAUCAGAAACAUGGAAGUUCUAACAGAUCUGGUUCUCCUUAUUUUUGCACACACUGCCAGAUUCCAGGUCACAGUAUUGAGAGAUGUUUCAAAGUCCAUGGUUAUCCACCAGGAUUUAAACACUUCAAAGGCAACAAUGUCAAUAAGACUGCUGCUAUGUCUUCUGGUGUUGAUACUGAAGCAGAAGCAUUAGGUUAUCAGAAAACUGAUUCACCUACAAUCUCAGUGGAGCAGUACAAUCAGCUAAUGAGCAUGUUGAGCAAACAACAGAAGUCAAAUCUAGCUAUGAUGGCAGGUAACAUUUGCUUAUUGUCUUCUUCCAAUUCUAAAUGGCUAUUAGACAGUGGAGCUUCUGAUUAGUUCUGCUAUGACCUAACACAAUUUUCUGAGUUUAAACUGGUUGAAAAUCAAGGCACCUAUAUUACUAUGCCAGAUGUGCUCAGUGAUUUUAAAUGAAGAUAUCACUUCGCACAAUGUGUUCCAUGUUCCUGAUUUCAAGUAUAACUUGAUUUAUGUACACAAACUGUGCAAGGAUUUGAAAUGUGAACUACACUUUACUCACAACAAGUGUUUUGUUUGCUGUCAGAAAGGGAGGUUGAUUCCUCUUGGUGAAGUCAGUUCUGGUCUAUCAAUGUUGGGGAACAAAAGUUACCAGCAACAACAACUACUGUGCAGUCUCAUAUUUGCAACACAACUUGCCACUCUGCUAUAAAUGAUGCCAAGCUCUGGCACCUGAGAUUAGGCCAUUUACCUUUUAGCCAACUCAAGCUAAUAAAUCCUAGUUGCAAAGUCAAUUCCUGUAUACAGGAUACUAUAUGUCAAGUUUGUCCUGUAGCCAAACAAACUAGACUAAGCUUUCCUCAUAGCAGCAUUAAGAGUUCAGCUCCAUUUGAUUUGAUACAUAUUAAUGUUUGGGGACCUCAUUCUGUGAAAACUACUACUGGUUGUAAUCAAGUCCUGACUAUUGUAGAUGAUUACAGUAGAUUCACUUGGAUUCAUAUGUUGAGAAAUAAA